AUGAGUCAACCCAGUCAACCCCUAGAGCUCGAGCUCCGGGCUGCCAUCGAGAAGAACGAACAGGAGAAGCUCGCUUUGAUGGAACAAUACGAGACGGUACUCCGCCGAUCACACUCCGAUCAGAGCCGCCAGAUGAAGCGCGCAAAAACGACACACGACGGGGUACCCACGAGCACAGCUCCCAUGGCACGGUCCAAGUCCACGAUGAUGCCCUCCCGGCCCAUUGCCACCUCCUUUGUGCCCAACGGGCAGAGUCUUACUGUACCCCCAUCACCGAUAUCAGUUCCCGGCUCAGCCGGUGGUUACCUCUCCCAGACGGCUCCGGCCCCGUUUAUUCCUGCCCCGCCCCCAUUCCACCUCCCUAACUUCGCUCCCGGCCCUGGUUUUGUCCCUGGCCCAGUUCCCCAGGGCGGGCUUGGCCGAGAGCUCGGGGUGGACGAGUACCUCUCGAUGCAGGAGGAUGGCAUGCUCUCAGGCAUCUCGCCCAUCGAUAUUCCCACGUCGACAUUCCUGCCAAGGCAAGACGCUGAGCAACACCCAUGCUCGAGCUUCCCGUCCGCCUUCGGGUCUUUGACCUCGGGUCCGACGAUCGACACGGCCCCGAUGUCGCGGUGCAACAGCAAUCUCAACGAUGGCGCCUCCAUCUCCAACCAGUUCAACGAGAUGGUCCGCAUUCAAUCGCAGCAUUCGGUCGCCAGCUGCCGGCCGAGCCCCAUCGCCACGCAACCGCCACCGUUGCUUGGGAAACGUGCCUCAGAAGACUCUGGCAUCAUCGUCAUGCAAGGGGGCGCGUUCUCCUAUGCGUAUCCCACCGCAGCCCCGUCCCAGCCGACGGUCCCUGGGCACCAGCAUCCCAUGCAGCCGUCGCUCUCCCAAUCCAGCAUGCACUCGGCAGUCUCGUCCAUGGCGCCGUCGCCCCAAGAGGCCAGCGUUCAGUACUCGGCUGGGCACCUAGACAUGGAACGGUCGGUGUCGCACGAUAGCAUCAAGUCGAACUCGUCGCUUAAGUUCCGGGCUAAAGAGGCCCUUGCUCGGCAAAACUAUGCGGCCAAGUCUCGCCAUCUUCAGCCCAAGCCAGCGACUGGAUCAGCUGACGACGAUGACACCGCGGAGGCCGCCCUCAACAACAACAAGGACGGAAAGGCCGCCAUCGCCAAAACCAAGUACGAGCGCCCCAAGCACCCCAAGGUGUUGUGCAACCAAUGUACCGACCACGUUGAGGGAUUCCGCGGCGAACAUGAACUGCGCCGACACACGGAAGCCAAGCACAAGAGCAUGGUCAAGAAGUGGAUCUGCCGCGACCCGGCGCUCCAUGGCAUUCCGCACAACGAGACCGCAGUCAAGCCGCUCCACGAGUGCAAGCAGUGCUCCCAGAACAAGCAGUACGGUGCCUACUACAACGCGGCUGCCCAUCUCCGUCGCACCCACUUCAAGGUCAAGCCCCGCAAGAGCGUGGCCGGUCCGGCCAACGGCAAGAACGGAGGCCAACCCAUCAAGGUCGAGGAGGAGCGAGAGAAGCGCGGUGGCAAAGGUGGUGGUGACUGGCCGCCCAUGACCGAGCUUAAGCAAUGGAUGGUCGAAAUCACGGUGCCCAUGGACCAGGCCGGCGCUCUCCUCGCCGACGGCGUCGAGUCCAUCGGCAACAACAUGGACGUGGAGCCCGAGGGCCUUGGCCCCGAGUUUGCCGACGCCUCCUUCCGGCGGUAUUCCAACGGUGCCGGUCUAACUGUGACUGCGGCUGCUCGUGGCCAUCCCAUGCGGAUGAUGACCGCGGACGGAUUUGACGCCACUGCUGCGUUUGCGGGGAUGGGCGAGGCAUUCGGUGGCCAAACGAUCGACUUGGCCACAUUUCACGGCGAUCUCGACGCGCACCUAGCUGAGAUGUACAGGAAUACCAACAACGGCGACGGUAAUAGCAACUCAGUCCCGACUAUGUUCACGCAGCCACCGAUGCCUGCUCCACUUCCUGGCAUGCCGCUAUCAUCGUCCGGGUUUGACUACCGCGCCGGGGCCGUGGAGAAUACCAACGGUGCUGGCGGCCAACCCCUGCAGCAGCAGAACAGCAUCACAGCCUCGAUUGCCGGCCUGGAUGGCAACAGCCAGGGUUCGUCUCAGGGCCAGGGCAAUGGGCAUGGGUACACCUCGCCGGUGUCGUCGACUGCGACGGUCACGCAGGCAAGCAUGUACAUGGACCAGCUGCUACCCCCGGCGAACUUGAAGGCUCCGAGGGACGAUGAUGUGCCGGAUAUGCCGUUCGACUUGACGUUUACUGCGAUGGGACAGUAA